AAUGCAAAAUUAACUGGAUCUAAAAAAUGACGCCAGAGAUGAAGGCCAUCGUGCUGGUCUGCUUCGUCUUGAAGAUAUGUAAUGUGUCCUGCCAGAACGGCACAGCUACGGCCAAUCCAUUACAAGUUAAUCAUGUCCAGUGUAAUUACACGACUCCGAUCACACCGGGUAACCAGACAGCUGCAGACUCGGAAUGUCUAUGUCCUGUCUCGUUCAUUGCAAUAAAAAAUCUAACGUGUGCUGAAGAAACUGACUUGAGGCCAAUGAAUAUAAAGUUUGAAGUCAACGAGAAAACAAUCAAUGUGACAUGGACUUACAAAAGCUUUCCGCCGUGGAAAUUCAGCUCCGAAUUAACAACAAACAUAUAUGGAAACUUGUCCAUGUUCGUCAUAAACCGGACUGAGUUUACCCUACAUUCAUCGCAACCCGGACAAAAAGUCAAUCUAUCAAUAUCUCCAGUCUUAAGUGGCGGUCUGAUAGCAAUUUCUGCAGUUGAAGUGUCUACAAUAUUUAAACCAGCAAAGCCCGGUCUCCUGAUAAAUCCUGUCGGAGGAUACGACGCUCCAAAUACAACAAUACAGUGGAUUAAGUCUGUUGGAUUAGUCGACAAGUACCUGAUAUACAUGACACUGUUAUGUCCAGUCGGAGUACCAGAGAAAUUUCGGUCGAAAACUGCUAGCAUUUCGGUGUUUGGUUUGGAACACGAACGCGAAUACCGCUUGAACAUUACAGCUAUGCGUGGCGAUGUAUCAAGCGAUACAAGGACUACGGAAUUUGCCACUAAUUACAUUGUGCCAGAUCCUCCUGGAAACGUGACAAUACUACAACCAAUAGGUAACACGACAGUCUUUCUAACUAUUGCUCACGAAAGUGAUGUGAAAUGUUCGAAACUGAUUUAUCCAUACAAAUUACGGUUUAAAAGAUACCUUGACCAGAAGUUCACACUACGCAGCGAGGGAUAUUUCUUCACUAACCAGACAAACCAGAGAGUCGAUAACCUUACUCCAGGUGCAGAGUACUUGCUGGAAAUAUUUUCUGAAAAUAAAGAGUUCACGAGCACAGAAAGCCUGAAUCUUACGUUCAGAACAGCGGAAUCGGUUCCAGGAAAGGUCCAAAACGUUACCAUCACAGAUGUUAAUCCGACUUCUUUCAGCGUUAGGUUCGACCGUCCUGAACAUCCAAAUGGGAUGUUAACUGCCUACGUCCUGACUUUAUCCUCAUCGCCGUGCAAAGUCCGAAUCAUGAGCCUCUCGGCCGGUUUCAAUUGUAGCAGUCUGCAGGAACGACAAAAUGGAACGAAAAUGGAUUGUGAAUGUAUAGAGGUGGUCUAUACCCCUUUCCUACAGUUGGAGUUUAAUUAUCUGCUGUCAUACACCACUUACAUACUGACAGUUGAGGCACAUAACUCUGCUGGCGCCGGUGUUGCAGUAACUGGAAACGUCACAACAGCCAUUGGAGCGCCUCACACUCCCGGAGACGUUGAAAUACGUAGCGUCAAAUCGCACGAAGCGACUGUAUAUUGGACGUACGGUUAUCGAACUGGACCAACAGACUUCAGGUUGGAGAUAACAGACGAAGUGUUCCAAUUACCGAAGAAGACCCAAAAGUGCCCAUAUGUAACGUUGAACGACCCAAGUUGUACUGCUGUUGACUUAAAGGCAUACUGGAAAUACAGCGUUCUCGUUAUUGCCAACACAACAACGACUAACUUCAAUUCGUCCAAAUCCAAGACAUUUAUUACUAGUUUCGCAAUUCCUGGAAAGGUUAGGGGGCUUGGCGAAGAAAAGGAGGCUGGAGAUGACUGCACAGAGGACAUAUAUGGUGUAAAAUGGACAGAACCAGAAAUGAAGAACCGAAACGGAAUAAUAGCAAAAUAUAAAAUUGUAUCAUCUCUCGGAAGACAUCGCAAUAUGUAUGAGCGCGAUGAUAGUGCUGAAGAUCGUAUAUACAAGAAUACGAGCAAAACGUUUGUUGCCCUGUUCGAAAAGGCAGGAAACAAGGCUAAGAAGUUCAAUGUGACUGUGGUGGCUGUCAUAGACAGAAAACACAAAUCAGAGCCGACGAUUGUCCAAAUACACAUACCACCAUGCUCUCCUGGACUAUCGAGCAAUGAAGUCGCUGGAGUGAUUGUCCUGGUGUUGAUAUGUGUCAUCGCUAUCAUUAUACUCCUGGUAAUGCUGUACAGAUGGAAAAUGUUCCCAUUUAACAACUCUGGUUCUGCUCAACUGACAAGAGCUUCAACGGGUCCUGGUGUUCAUAUCAGUCGACAUCGACCGUUUGUUUUGGGAAGAAUAAAACAGUUGGUUGACCGAAUGAAGAAAGACAGUGGCCGAUUGUGUCAUCUGGAAUGGGACGACCUGAAUUCACUUAGUCCACAUCAUCCAACUGAAGUAGCACUACUUGCGGCAAAUGCUCGAAAGAAUCGCUACAAUAACAUACUUCCUUUUGAUCGGUCGAGAGUAAAAUUGUGCAGCGGUGGAGAUGAUUAUAUCAAUGCAAACUAUAUCCCAGGUUACAAGUUCGAGAGAGAAUACAUAGCUUGCCAAGGACCUCUUCCAAAUACUACAGUGGAUUUUUGGCAAAUGGUUUGGGAACAAGAUGUACCUAUAAUUGUGAUGCUUACCAGAUGCAAUGAAGGCGAUGUUAUCAAAUGUGAACAGUAUUGGCCAGAGGAUCUACAUGACUCAGUGACAUAUGGAAAAGUUGAGGUAACACGAACAGUGUCAGAGGGCAACAACGAGUACGUCUACUCCGAGUUUAACCUCACAUCGGCUGAUCACGAGAAAUCGGUCAAGCAUUUUCAUUUCCUAGAAUGGCCUGAUUUUGGUGCUGAAUUGGAUUUCAACGUGUUCCUGGAAUUUCUUUUCAGGGUUAAGAGUGAAAUUCACGAUGACCUUGGAGGCCCCAUCAUAGUACACUGCAGUGCUGGAGUUGGAAGGACAGGAACAUAUCUCGUACUUGAUUACCUCACAGAAUUUCUCAAGACCCACAAUCUUUCACAGGAGUUUGAUAUAUUUCAAUGCGUUCUAAACAUAAGACAGCACAGAACUAAGAUGGUGCAGGCAAGGGAGCAGUACCUGUUCAUUCACGAGUGUCUUCAGGAGCUGGUGAGACGUCAGAUGACGCUAGAAAACCUAAACGGUGAUGGACUUCAGAUGCCGAGCGAACAGGAAUAUAGUGAUCAACUCUUUGGUGCGUCUAACGGCUCGAUUGAUUCGUGUCAUCCUGAAAACAAGCUUAUGAUAGAGGAAGGCGACUGCAAAGAUGGCGACAACGGCAACGUUGUGGCAUACGACAACCCAAGCAUGACGACAGAAUUGUGAUAACGUUGAAUCAUACUCUCUUAUUCUGUGUGUAUUCAUAUCAGAGUACGAACUGUAUUCAUAUCAUUAAUACGCAUGUUAAUACACAUGGAUUUAACGUGUUAUACAUAGUAAAUUUGCCAACACCUCAUUUAUUUGUAAGGAUGUGGUCAUGCAUCGGAAAGCUGAUCUCAAGCUGGUGCAACGCCAAAUGUAAUAGUGUAAUACUGUUAACAUCACCUUAUCGAUCAAAAAUUCAAACUUUCAGACAAUUUUUUAUAAAUUCGCAUGUGAAAUGAAAAGCAAAUUUAAGAUAAAGUUGUGGUAACGCCCAUCAUACCAAAACCCUCGUGCGCACAUUAAGCUUACAUUGUUCGCACAUCGUCCACACACAUGCAAUAUACAGUAUCUAGCGCACAACUGUGCGAUAGGAUCGCACAUUUUGCGCAGUAUGGCAAAAUUUGUUGGCUUAUAUUACAGACGGAAAACUCGUGUACAUAUUACUAAAAAUAUACCACAGGCACAUUUAAUAUUGAUCGUAGAUUAUUAGUCGUUUUUGAUUUGACAUUUUUUCGAAAAAAAAAAUAACAAAAAACACUUAACUCGUUAAAGUUUAUAGCAUACAAUUUCACCCCUCAGAGAGUGUCGAGUGCUGUGCCUCGGGCAAUAAAAAUGCCUGUAUACAGCUGUAUACGUGACAGAUCCAUAUCGGCUAGGCCUCCCGUGUAACAUUUUAAAUUUACUUGCAAAAGGAUAGAAAAUAAAAGCGAUGCAGAGCGAAUGAAAAUGCAAUUUCCUUUCUGACGGUUUGAGAUGCGAGAUGUUUCAUUGUCGAGACGAAAAGAGAUGUCCAUUUAAUGAUUGCAUAUAUUAUGAGUGUACACUGAGUGGUUAAAUGGGUCACUUUGUAAAUUCUUGAACUCUUAAUUACGAGUGUAUAUAAUUAUUCAGUCUGUAUUUGAUAGAUUCACAUGUGCCUAGUCUAUAGAUGUAUGACUUAAUUCGGAAGUACAAUCAGUACUCUUAUAUUUAUAGAAAUUGAAUUAACCCUAUCCAACACUUAAUUGUAUUAUCAGAAGUCAUUUCCAAAAUUACAUUUACUACGACAGAAUCACACACUAUGCGAACAGUUGUGUGAUAGCUUCAUAUUUCGUCCAGUUUUCCCAUCGUGUGCACACCGUGCAGACAUAGUGCGCUCCCCAAGACGAACUUUUAUCAAAUAAGUCAGAAAAGAUACAUUGACAUAUUUCAAAGUUAAUAUUUAGAGGAUUAAUUCAAACCGACACCAUUGUCUUUGCCCAUUUUAUUAUGACAUUUUAGUCGAUUAUGACCGGCGCACCCAAUGAAAAAUCUACCAGGUUUUAUUACACUAGUAUCAUAAACAAAUAUAUUUCUUGAGCGAUUGCACUAGAUAUCAGACCGAAUAAGUGAUAAAUGUAUAUAUAUAUAUGAUGUCAAUUGAAACAGAAAUAUUUUUUCAUGUCUUUGUUUGUAGAUAUAUUAAGCAUGAACAUGUAAUUCAUGUAGGUCAUUACAUGCAUUUUAUAGUUAUAAUAAUAACAUUGUUAUGUUCC